AUGGAUGAAGAGGUGAAACGGAGUGAGAAGGAGCCUGGUCAGGAGAAGAAGGCGGCGGGCGGGCAGAAGUGGGGGGGUGAUGCCACAACUUGGAAGCCUGAUUCAUGCCAGAACUGCCGUUGCCAUGGCAACAUCGUUAUCUGCAAACCUGCUGUUUGCAGAAACCCUCAGUGUGCCUUUGAAAAGGGAGAAGUGCUUCAAAUAGCUGCCAACCAGUGCUGCCCUGAGUGUGUGUUGAGGACUUCCGGAUCUUGCCAUCAUGAAAAGAAAAUCUAUGCGCAUGGGACAGAGUGGGCCUCCUCCCCGUGCAGUGUGUGCUCGUGUACGCAUGGGGAAGUCCGAUGCAUGCCCCAGCCAUGCCCACCGCUGUUGUGCACACAGCAGGAGCUGGAAUUCAUCCCCGAAGGGAGCUGCUGCCCAGUCUGUGUGGGCCCUGGGAAACCUUGUUCCUAUGAAGGCCGUGUAUUCCAGGAUGGGGAAGACUGGCCACUGAGUCGGUGUGCUAAAUGUGUGUGUAGAAAUGGGGUCGCCCAGUGCUUCACAGCUCAGUGUCAACCUCUGUUUUGUAACCAGGAUGAAACUAUCAUCCGAGUUCCUGGAAAAUGUUGCCCACAGUGCUCUUCCCGAUCCUGCUCUGCAUCUGGCCAAGCAUACGAGCAUGGUGACCAGUGGAACGAAAACGCCUGUACCACAUGUAUAUGUGACCAGGGUGAGGUCAGGUGCCACAAACAGGCCUGCCCCCCACUAAGAUGUGACAAGGGUCAGAGAAGGGCUCAGCGCCACGGGGAAUGCUGUGAGGAAUGUGUGUCUCCUGCGGGAAGCUGCUCACACAAUGGGAUUGUGCGGUACCAGGAUGAAAUGUGGAAGGGCUCUGCCUGCGAGUUCUGCAUGUGUGACCAUGGCCAAGUGACCUGCCAGACUGGAGAGUGUGCCAAAGUGGAGUGUGCCCGGGGUGAAGAAUUAAUUCACUUAGAUGGAAAAUGCUGCCCUGAAUGCAUUUCAAGGAAUGGUUAUUGUGUUUAUGAAGAAAAUGUAGAAUUUAUGUCCUCAAAUGCAAGUGAAGUUAAACAUAUUCCAGAAGGGGAGAAGUGGGAGGAUGGCCCUUGCAAAGUGUGUGAGUGCUGGGGCUCUCAGGUAACUUGCUAUGAGCCCUCUUGUCCACCAUGUCCAGUGGCCACACUAGCCCAAGUGGUGAAGGGACAGUGCUGUCCAGAUUGCACAUCAGUUCAUUGCCACCCAGACUGCUUGACCUGCUCUCAGUCUCCAGAGCACUGUGACCUCUGCCAGGACCCCACAAAGUUGCUGCGGAAUGGACAGUGUGUGCACAGCUGUGGUCUGGGAUUUUACCAGGCUGGUGCUCUCUGUUUAGCCUGCCAGCCUCAGUGCUCCACGUGUACCAGUGGGCUGGAAUGUUCGUCCUGCCAGCCUCCUCUGCUGAUGCAGCAUGGCCAGUGUGUGCCCACCUGCAGGGAUGGCUUCUACCAAGAUCGCCACUCCUGCUCAGUCUGCCAUGAGUCCUGUUCUGCCUGCUGGGGUCCGACAGAGAAGCACUGCUUGGGCUGCAGAGACCCCCUCCAAGUGCUGAGGGAGGGCAGCUGUGACAGCAGCUGUGGCCUUGGGUUCUACAACAAGCAGGGGAUCUGCAGUGCUUGUGACCAAUCCUGUAAGAGUUGUGGUCCCAAUAGUCCCAGAUGUCUUACCUGUGCCGAGAAGACAGUGUUGCAUGAUGGGAAAUGCAUUGCUGAAUGCCCUGGUGGGUACUAUGCUGAGGCCACUGGCAGCUGCAAAGUUUGUCAUCAUUCAUGUGCCAGCUGCUCCGGACCCACGGCCUCUCACUGCACAGCCUGCAUCCAGCCCCAGGCUCUGCGCCAAGGCCGCUGUCUGUCCAGCUGUGGAGAAGGCUUCUACCCUGACCACGGGGUCUGCAGAGCCUGUCAUUCCUCUUGCCUCACUUGUGUGGGUCCAGAGCCCUCUCACUGUGCCCAGUGUAAGAAGCCUGAUGAAGGACUGCAAGUUGAGCAGCUGUCUGGGGAGAACAUCACUUCUGGCGUGUGCCUGUCCCAAUGUAGAGACCAGUUUUACUUGGAGAACACUGGACUUUGUGAAGCUUGUCACCAAUCCUGUUUCAGGUGUGCGGGGAAAAACCCACUUAACUGCACAGCCUGCUGGCCUUCUCAAGUGCUGUUGGAUGGGCAGUGUCUCUCCCAGUGCCCAGAUGGCUAUUUUAACCAGGAAGGCAGUUGCACAGAAUGCCACCCCACCUGCAGGCAGUGCCAUGGCCCAUUGGACUCUGACUGUAUCUCCUGUCACCCUCAUGUCACUCUUGCUGGUGGGAGCUGCAGGACCAGCUGUAAAGAAGAACAAUUCCUCAACCUGGUGGGGUACUGCACUGACUGCCAUCCUCUGUGCCAGCACUGUGCAGCCGACCUCCACAACACCGGGAGCAUCUGCCUGAGCUGCCAGAAUGCUCGGUACCUGCUGCUGGGGGACCACUGUGUUCCUGAUUGCCCUUCUGGAUUCUACUCAGAUAGAAGAGCUUGUAAAAAAUGUCACUCCUCCUGCAGGACCUGCCAGGGCACAGGACCCUUCUCCUGCACCUCCUGUGAUGCCAACCUCGUGCUGUCCCACCUUGGGACCUGCAGCACCGCCUGCUUCCCCGGGCACUAUCUCGAUGAUGGCCGUGCUUGUCAGCCAUGCAGCACACAUUGUAGAAGCUGUGAUUCACAGGCUGGCUGUACCUCCUGCCGAGAUCCAAACAAGGUCCUGCUCUUUGGGGAAUGUCAGUAUGAGAGCUGUGCCCCACAGUACUAUCUUGACUUCUCCACGAAGAUAUGCAGAGAGUGUGAUUGGAGUUGCAACGCGUGCUCUGGGCCUCUGAGGACCGACUGCCUACAGUGCAUGGAUGGCUACGUUCUCCAGGACGGGGCCUGCGUGGAGCAGUGCUCACCAUCCUUCUACAGGGACGUGGGCCUCUGCAGGAGGUGUAGCAAUCACUGUCUCCAAUGCCAAGGUCCCCACGAGUGCACUCGCUGUGAAGAGCCAUUUUUCCUGUUAGAAGCCCAGUGUGUCCAGGAAUGUGAGAAGGGGUACUUUGCAGAUCACACCAAUCGCCAAUGUGCAGCCUGCCCUCGAGCAUGCUUACAGUGCAGCGGCAGGGACCGGUGUCACCUCUGUGACCAUGGGUUCUUUUUGAAGAGUGGCCUUUGUGUUUCCAACUGCAUUCCUGGCUUCUCUGCCAACUCUAAUGAAACGUGCACUGGUAAGUGCUUCCCAUCUGAUGGUCUGGUGUAUUAACCUACAUUUCACAUAAAUGGAAUUGUNNNNCUUGCAAUUGGUUCCAUGAAGCCACUGGAUUUUCCCCUUCUGAAUGUCCAGGAUCAGGAUGGCAGGGUGGAAGACCUCCAGUUCCAUGUUGUGAGCACUCCCACCAAUGGUCAGCUAGUGCUCUCAAGGAACGGAAAAGAGGUUCAGCUCGACAAGGCUGGCCAUUUUAGCUGGAAAGAUGUGAAUGAGAAAAAAGUGCGUUUUGUGCACAGCAAAGAAAAACCCAGGAAAGGUUACUUUUCCCUGAAAAUUAGUGACCAGCAGUUCUUCUCUGAGCCACAGCUGAUCAACAUACAAGCAUUUUCAACACAGGCCCCCUACGUGCUGAGAAAUGAGGCCCUCCAUAUUAACAGAGGAGAGAGAGGAACCAUCACUACCCAGCUGCUUGACAUCCGAGAUGACGACAACCCACAGGAUGUGGUGGUCGAAGUGCUUGAUCCUCCACUUCAUGGCCAAUUGCUCCAAACACUUCAGUCCCCUGCAACCCCAGUCUAUCAAUUCCGGCUGGAUGAACUCUCCAGGGGCCUUCUCCACUAUGCUCAUGAUGGCUCUGACAGCAUAUCUGAUGUUGCAGUCUUGCAGGCCAAUGAUGGACAUUCCUUCCAAAAUAUACUCUUCCACAUGAAGACUGUGCCCAAGAAUGAUGGAGGUCUUCGGCUCGUGGCUAAUUCAAUGGUGUGGGUUCCAGAAGGUGGGAUGCUGCAGAUUACCAAUAGAAUCUUACAGGCGGAAGCUCCAGGUGCCAGUGCCUCAGAAAUCAUCUACAAAAUUACACAGGACCACCCCCAAUUUGGAAUGGUCCUUCUGGUUGAUAUGCCUGCAGACAGCCCCGCAGAGGAAGGGCAGCACCUGCCUGAUGGGAGAACAGCGACCCCCACCAGCACCUUCACCCAACAAGACAUCAAUGAAGGCAUUGUGUGGUAUAGGCACUCGGGAGUCCCAGCCCAGAGUGACUCCUUCCACUUUCAGGUGUCCAGUGCCAUAGAAGCCCACACGCAUCUGGAGAGCCGCAUAUUCAACAUCGCGAUCUUACCACAGACACCUGACGCACCUAAACUCUCUCUGGGAGCAUCUCUCCAUAUGACCGCUCGGGAAGAUGGCCUGACUGUGAUUCAGCCUCAUUCCCUCUCUUUUGUAAACUCUGAGAGACCAAGCGGAAAGAUUAUAUAUAAUAUCACUUUACCUCUGCAUCCAAAUCAAGGGAUCAUCGAACACAGGGACCAGCCUCACUCUCCAAUCCGGUAUUUCACACAAGAAGAUAUUAACCAGGGAAAAAUCAUGUACCGUCCUCCCCCUGCAGCUCCUCACCUCCAGGAAAUCAUGGCCUUCUCCUUUGCUGGUCUCCCUGAAUCGGUGAAAUUUCACUUCACAGUUUCAGAUGGAGAUCACACAAGUCCGGAGAUGGCCCUCACCAUUCACUUGCUUCCCACUGAUCAGCACCCGCCUGUGUUCCAGGUCAGAGCUCCACUGCUUGAGGUCAGCCCAGGAGGCAGCUCUUCUAUAGGACUUCAGCUGGUAGUAAGAGAUACCAAGAUAGCACCUGAAGAAUUCUUCUUUGAGCUCCGGAAACCUCCAGAGCAUGGCGUGCUCCUUAAGUACACAGCCAAGUUCAAAGGGCCCAUGGCCACAGGUGACACUUUCACAUAUGAGGACAUUGAGAAAAAUGCUCUGCAGUAUCUACACGACGGCUCCUCCGCCCGGGAAGACAGCAUGGAGAUCUCAGUCACAGAUGGCACCUCGGUGACAACCGUGGAAGUAAGAGUGGAGGUGUCACUGUCAGAGGACCCAGGGCCUCAGCUGGCUGCCGGCGCCUCUCUGAGCAUUACAGUUGCUAGUAAAAGCACGGCCGUAAUCACCAGGUCACAUCUUGCUUAUGUUGAUGAUUCUUCCCCUGACCCAGAGAUAUGGAUUCAGUUAAAUUCUCUGCCCAUGUAUGGUGCCCUCUUAAGAAUGUCAGGAUCUGAAGUGGAAGAGCUCUCGGAGGUUUCCAAUUUCACAAUGGAAGACAUCAACAACAAGAAAAUUAGGUAUUCAGCUGUGUAUGAGACUGAUGGUAAUCUGGUUACUGAUAGCUUCCAUUUCUCUGUCUCUGAUAUGGACCACAACCAUCUAGACAAUCAGAUGUUUACCAUCACUAUCACUCCUGUUGAGAAUCCACCUCCAGUCAUUGCUUUCGCUGACCUUAUCACGGUGGACGAGGGAGGGAGAGCCCCACUCUCAUUUCACCAUUUCUUUGCUGCCGACGAUCAGGACAACCUCCAGGGAGACGCCAUCAUUAAACUAAGUGCUCUGCCCAAAUAUGGCUGCAUUGAGAACACGGGAACAGGUGAUCGUUUUGGCCCUGGAACCACCAGUGACCUGGAGGCAUCAUUCCCUAUUCAAGAUGUCCUAGAAAACUACAUUUACUACUUUCAAAGUGUUCAUGAAAGCAUUGAGCCAACCCAUGACAUUUUUAGUUUUUAUGUAAGUGAUGGAAACAGUCGUUCAGAGAUCCACAGCAUCAAUAUCACCAUUGAGAGGAAGAACGAUGAGCCUCCCAGGAUGACCUUGCGGCCCCUUGGUGUGCAGCUCAGCUCGGGAGUGGUGAUAAGCAAUUCUUCUUUGAGCCUGCAAGAUCUGGACACUCCGGAUAAUGAGCUGGUUUUUGUAUUGACAAAAAAGCCUGACCACGGUCGUCUGCUCUGGAGGCAAACUGCUUCUGAGCCUCUGAAGAACGGGAGGGUUUUAGCUCAGGGCUCCUCCUUCACCUACCAGGACAUCCUGGCUGGACUGGUCGGGUACAUGCCUGGUGGUCCCGGUGUGGCAGUGGAUGAGUUCCGGUUCUCCCUCACGGAUGGCCUCUACAUGGACACAGGGAGGAUGGAGAUAUACAUAGAGCUGCCUACAAGCAGCGCCCCCCACUUGGCUGUAAACCGAGUCCUUCAACUCUCAGCAGGGUCUGUGGCACGCAUCACAGAACAGCACUUGAGAGUGACAGAUACUGACUCAGAUGACCGUCAGGUGAUGUACAUCAUGAAGGAAGAUCCUGGGGCAGGGCGCCUGCAGAUGGUAAAGCAUGACAACCGAGACCAAAUCUCCGUUAAAGGCCCCAUCCGGAGUUUCACCCAGGCUGACAUUACCCAAGGCCAGGUAGAAUACAGUCAUGGGAAAGGAGAAUCUGGUGGGAGCUUUGCUUUUAAAUUUGAUGUGGUCGAUGGAGAAGGCAACACAUUGAUCGGCCAGUCAUUUUCCAUCAGUGUUUUGGAAGACAACUCCCCACCAGUCGUCACCACCAACAAAGGGCUGGUCUUGGAUGAGAACUCGGUGAAGAAGAUCACCACUCUGCAGCUCUCUGCCAUGGACCAGGAGAGUAAGCCUGCAGAAUUGGUCUAUAGAAUCACUAGAAAACCUGAACUGGGCCAUCUAGAGCAUGCAGCGUCACCCGGUAUCCAGAUUAAUUCCUUUACUCAAGCUGACUUGACUUCACGAAACAUUCAAUAUAUCCACUCCAGUAAGACCGAGAAACAUUCAGAUGCCUUCAGCUUCACACUCUCAGAUGGAGUCAGCGAGGUGACGCAGACUUUCCAUAUCACCAUACGCCCUGUGGAUGAUUCACUUCCUGUUGUACAGAACUCGGGGAUGCGGGUACAGGAGGGUGUGAGGAAGACCAUCACAGAGUUUGAGCUCAAGGCAGUGGAUGCCGACACAGAGGCCGAGUCUGUCACGUUCGCCAUUGUGCAGCCUCCACGCCACGGCACCAUCGAGCGGACCACCAAUGGGCAGCAUUUCUGGCACACCUCCACCUUCACCAUGGAAGACAUCUACCAGAACCGGGUCAGCUACAGCCAUGAUGGCAGCAACUCCCUCAGAGACCACUUCACCUUCACUGUGGCUGAUGGGACAAACCCCUUCUUCAUCAUUGAAGAAGGAGGAAAAGAGGUUAUGACAGCAGCACCUCAGCAGUUCCAAGUAGACAUCCUCCCAGUAGAUGAUGGCACCCCUAGAAUUGUUACCAACCUGGGGCUCCAGUGGCUGGAGUACAUGGAUGGCAAGGCAACCAACCUGAUCACCAAGAAGGAACUGCUGACCAUGGACCCGGACACAGAGGACCCGCAGCUUGUCUAUGAGAUAACAGCGGGCCCCAAGCAUGGCUACGUGGAGAGCAGGCUCCAGCCUGGCAGAACUACUGUUACUUUCACGCAGGAGGAUGUGAACUUGGGAUUGAUCCGUUAUGUGUUGCACGAGGAGAAGAUCCAUGAGAUGAUGGAUAGUUUUCAGUUUCUGGUGAAAGACAGUAAACCCAAUGUGGUCAGCGACAAUGUGUUCCAUGUUCAAUGGUCCCUCAUCAGCUUUAAAUAUACCAGCUACAACGUGAGUGAGAAAGCGGGGUCUGUCAGCGUCACAGUGCAGAGGACUGGGAACCUGAACCAGUAUGCCAUCGUCCUGUGUCGCACCGAGCAAGGGACCGCCAGCCCCAGCUCCGGAGUCAGCUUCCAGCCAGGACAGCAGGACUAUGUGGAAUAUGCUGGCCAGGUGCAGUUUGAUGAGCGAGAGGAUACCAAGUCCUGCACCAUUAUCAUCAAUGAUGAUGAUGUGUUUGAGAAUGUUGAGAGUUUCACCGUGGAGCUCAGCAUGCCAGCAUAUGCCCUAUUAGGGGAGUUCACCCAGGCGAAGGUCAUUAUCAAUGACACUGAGGAUGAACCCACAUUAGAGUUUGAUAAGAAGACCUACCGGGUCAACGAGAGUGCUGGUUUUCUGUUUGCGCCUAUUGAAAGAAAAGGGGAUUCAAGCAGCAUUGUAUCUGCAAUUUGCUACACAAUCCCUAAGUCAGCUAUGGGAAGUAGCCUCUAUGCUCUAGAAUCGGGCUCUGAUUUUAAAUCUAGAGGGAUGUCUGCUGACAGUCGUGUGAUAUUCGGGCCUGGUGUCACCAUGUCCACCUGUGAUGUCAUGCUCAUUGAUGACAGUGAGUAUGAAGAGGAAGAAGAGUUUGAGAUUGCCCUGGCAGAUGCUUCUGACAAUGCCCGCAUCGGAAGGGUAGCGUUGGCCAAGGUGCUCAUUAGUGGUCCCAAUGAUGCCUCCACUGUGUCCCUGGGCAACACGGCUUUCACUGUCAGCGAGGAUGCAGGUACAGUGAAAAUUCCAGUUAUCCGUCAUGGGACUGACCUUUCUACCUUCACAUCUGUCUGGUGUGCAACACGGCCCUCAGACCCAGCUUCUGCCACUCCAGGAGUUGACUAUGUUCCCAGCUCUAGGAAGGUGGAGUUUGGGCCAGGUGUCACUGAACAGUAUUGCACCUUGACUAUCUUGGAUGACACUCAGUAUCCAGUAAUUGAAGGACUGGAGACAUUUGUGGUUUUUCUCAGCUCAGCACAAGGGGCCGAACUGACCAAACCCUUCCAGGCUGUCAUUGCAAUUAAUGACACAUUCCAGGAUGUACCCAGCAUGCAGUUUGCCAAGGAUUUGCUCCUGGUGAAGGAGAAGGAGGGUGUCCUGCAGGUGCCCAUCAUUCGGAGUGGAGACCUGAGUUAUGAGUCCUCAGUGAGGUGCUAUACCCAGAGCCAUUCUGCUCAGGUCAUGGAGGACUUUGAGGAGAGAAGAAAUGCAGACUCUUCACGGAUUACAUUUCUGAAAGGGGAGAAAAUGAAGAACUGUACCGUCUCUAUCCAUGAUGACUCCAUGUUUGAGCCUGAGGAACAAUUCAGGGUUUAUCUCAGCCACCCUCUUGGAAACCACUGGAGUGGAGCCAGAGUUGGGAAGAAUAACAUGGCCACCAUCACCAUAUCCAAUGAUGAAGAUGCCCCUACCAUUGAGUUUGAAGAAGCUGCAUAUCAAGUCCGUGAACCCUCAGGGCCAGAUGCCAUAGCCGUCCUGAACAUCAAGGUGAUCCGAAGAGGGGAUCAGAACAGGACAUCCAAGAUCCGCUGUAGCACACGCGAUGGGUCUGCCCAGUCUGGGGUGGAUUAUUACCCCAAGAGUCGAGUCUUGAAGUUCAGUCCCGGUGUGGAUCAUAUCUUUUUCAAAGUCGAGAUCCUGUCCAAUGAAGACCGGGAAUGGCAUGAAUCUUUCUCCCUAGUCCUUGGCCCAGAUGACCCAGUGGAAGCAGUUCUUGGUGAUGUGACCACUGCCACAGUGACAAUUCUAGACCAGGAAGCAGCAGGGAGUCUCAUAUUGCCAGCGCCACCCAUUGUUGUUACACUUGCCGACUAUGACCACGUAGAAGAGGUUACCAAGGAAGGAGUCAAGAAGUCCCCCUCCCCAGGCUACCCACUGGUUUGUGUCACCCCCUGUGACUCUCAUUUCCCCAAAUAUGCCGUCAUGAAGGAACGCUGCAGCGAGGCUGGCAUCAACCAGUCAUCUGUGCAGUUCAGCUGGGAAGUAGCCACCCCCACUGAUGGCAAUGGGGCUCGCUCUCCCUUUGAGACCAUCACUGACAACACACCAUUUACCAGUGUCAACCACAUGGUCCUGGAUAGCAUUUACUUCAGCCGGAGGUUCCAUGUGCGCUGUGUGGCAAAGGCUGUGGACAAGGUGGGCCAUGUGGGGACCCCCUUAAGGAGCAACAUUGUUACCAUUGGAACAGACAGUGCAAUCUGCCACACCCCAGUAGUAGCUGGGACAGCCAGAGGCUUCCAGGCUCAGUCCUUCAUCGCAACCUUGAAAUACUUGGACGUCAAGCACAAGGAACAUCCGAACAGAAUCCACAUUUCCGUGCAGAUCCCGCACCAGGAUGGAAUGCUGCCCCUUAUCUCCACCAUGCCGCUGCACAACUUGCACUUUCUAUUAUCUGAGUCCAUCUACAGACACCAGCACGUCUGCUCCAAUCUCGUCACCACCCGUGACCUGAGAGGCAUCUCAGAGGCAGGGUUCCUGGACGAUAAGGUCUAUGACAGCACAGCCCUGGGGCCUGGCUAUGACCGCCCCUUCCAAUUUGACCCCAGCGUCCGGGAGCCCAAGACCAUCCAGCUCUACAAACACCUGAACCUGAAGAGCUGCGUCUGGACCUUUGAUGCCUAUUAUGACAUGACUGAGUUAAUUGAUGUCUGUGGGGGGUCUGUAACUGCCGACUUCCAGGUGAGAGACUCUGCUCAGUCGUUCCUGACCGUGCACGUGCCUCUCUAUGUGUCCUACAUCUAUGUGACAGCCCCCAGGGGCUGGGCUUCUUUGGAGCACCACACUGAGAUGGAGUUUUCCUUCUUCUAUGACACUGUUCUCUGGAGAACAGGAAUCCAGACAGACAGUGUGCUCUCUGCAAGGCUUCAGAUAAUAAGAAUCUAUAUCCGAGAAGAUGGCCGUCUCGUCAUUGAAUUCAAGACCCAUGCCAAAUUCAGAGGACAGUUUGUGAUGGAGCAUCACACCCUCCCUGAUGUGAAAUCAUUCAUAAUGACUCCAGACCAUCUAGGAGGAAUUGAAUUUGACCUGCAGCUAUUAUGGAGUGCUCAGACUUUUGAUUCUCCGUAUCAACUCUGGAGAGCCACAAGCUCUUAUAACAGGAAGGACUACUCGGGGGAGUAUACCAUCCACCUGAUUCCAUGCACUGUGCAGCCCACACAGCCAUGGAUUGAUCCAGGGGAGAAGCCUUUGGCCUGCACUGCACAUGCCCCAGAAAGAUUCCUGAUCCCCAUUGCAUUCCAGCAGACCAACCGCCCUGUACCAGUUGUGUACUCGCUCAAUACUGAAUUUCAGCUCUGCAAUAAUGAGAAGGUAUUCCUAAUGGAUCCCAAUACAUCUGAUAUGUCACUGGCAGAAAUGGAUUAUAAAGGGGCCUUCUCAAAAGGGCAAAUCCUUUAUGGCCGAGUACUUUGGAAUCCAGAACAAAACCUUAAUUCUGCUUACAAACUCCAGCUGGAAAAAGUCUAUCUUUGUACCGGCAAGGAUGGCUAUGUGCCUUUCUUCGAUCCCACGGGUACAAUCUACAAUGAGGGGCCGCAGUAUGGAUGCAUUCAGCCCAACAAACACCUAAAACACAGAUUUCUGCUGUUGGACCGCAAUCAGCCCGAGGUCACUGAUAAGUACUUCCAUGAUGUGCCCUUUGAGGCCCACUUUGCUUCCGAGUUGCCUGAUUUCCAUGUGGUCAGUAGCAUGCCGGGUGUGGAUGGAUUUACUCUGAAAGUGGAUGCACUCUAUAAGGUGGAAGCAGGACACCAGUGGUAUCUCCAGGUGAUCUACAUCAUUGGCCCUGACACCAUGGCAGGACCCCGGGUCCAGCGCUCUCUCACAGCCCCUCUGAGGCGCAACCGGAGGGACCUGGUGGACCCUAGUGGCCGUCUGACCCUUGACGAUUCCCUCAUCUAUGACAAUGAAGGGGACCAAGUCAAGAAUGGCACUAACAUGAAGUCCCUGAAUCUUGAGAUGCACGAGCCGGUUAUAGCUGCUUCUCUUUCCCAAACUGGGGCAUCUAUCGGCAGUGCCCUGGCCGCUAUCAUGCUUCUACUUCUGGUGUUUCUAGUGGCUUGUUUCAUCACCAGGAAAUGCCAGAAGCAGAGAAAGAAACUGCCCACAGAGGACAUUUUGGAGGAAUACCCUCUGAACACCAAAGUGGAUGUGUCUAAGAGGAGCUCGGACAGGGUGGAGAAGAACGUGAACAGACACUACUGCACCGUGCGGAAUGUCAACCUACUGAGUGAAACUGAGGGGGCUUAUGCACUCAAAGGUGCUAAAGUAAAAAAAUUGAAUCUGGAAGUCAGAGUUCACAACAAUUUGCAAGAUGGAACAGAAGUGUAA